AGAGCUAUCUUAUUUUAAAAAAAAAAGAAAAGAAAACAAAAAGGUUGAAGAGGGAGUGGCAUAUGGGUAAAUUAAAGGUAUAAGCCGGGAUGAAAAGGAACGGGACAAUCCGCCUUUAAAAUAAGCUGUGAGGCGGUAUCAUUUCUGAUUUCACUCAAACGCUUCCAAGUUUUGGAAUUGAAGGUACGGUUAGCAACUGAGGAGCAGAGCCAACAAAUUCAAGAUCCACUUUCAAACAAUGGAUGGCCAUAAUUCGGAUGAGUCAAAGCAAAGCACUGCUGAUAUGACUGUUUUUGUGCAAAAUCUUCUUCAACAGAUGCAAUCUAGAUUUCAAACAAUGUCUGAUUCCAUUAUCACAAAGAUUGAUGAAAUGGGAAACCGUAUAAAUGAGCUGGAGCAGAGCAUCAAUGACCUAAAAGCAGAGAUGGGAGUGGAGGGCUCCCCAUCCCCUUUAGCCCCAUCACAGCAAAAGUCAGAUGAAGCAAAGCAAGAGGAAAGCUAAGCAUAAAUUUCGUCAAAGACUGUUUUUAGCAAUUGAUUAUGAUUGUAAUUUGGUGAUACCUGGUUGUGUUUGAGACUACUAUUGGCCAGGGAGGGACAUUAAUGAGUGUCCCCCUUUUCUUUUUCUUUUUCCUUUUUUUUUUUAAUUUGUACCAAGUAUUUCUUCUGUGAAUGGAAGAAACAAUUAUAUGCUUUUAAACCAGUAGAUGCACUGCAUAUUUGGCGAAUUAUAGAGGGAAUUAAUGAAUAUGAAGUGGUUUGUUGUUAA